AUGGCAUUAUUUCCCAACACCACAGGGACUCAGGUGACCGAAUUCCUGAUGAUCUGCUUUCCAGGAAUGCAAGACACGCAGCACUGGCUCUCCAUCGCCCUGGCUCCUCUCCUGGUUUUGGCAGUGGGGGCCAACAUUGUGCUGUUGCUCACCAUUUUGAGGGAGGCAUCUCUGCAUGAGCCCAUGUACUACCUGCUUGCCAUCCUCUCUGUGCUUGACGUCAUCCUCUGCCUCACAGUCAUCCCCAAGGUCCUGCUCAUCUUCUGGUUCGACAUGAAGCCCAUCAGCUUUGUGGGAUGCUUCCUGCAGAUGUUCAUCAUGAAUACCUUCCUUCCCAUGGAGUCUUCCACAUUUCUGGUCAUGGCCUAUGAUCGCUAUGUGGCCAUCUGUCAUCCACUGCGUUAUCCAUCCAUCAUCACAGAACAGUUCAUCAUUAAUGCAGCCAUCUUCAUUGUCUUUCGAAAUCUGAUAGCCACAGUGCCCACUCCAGUCCUGGCUGCUAGACUCAACUAUUGUGCCAGCAAUGUGGUAGAGAACUGUAUAUGUGCCAACAUUUCUGUAGCGAGGCUCUCAUGUGACAAUAUCCACAUAAAUAAGCUCUAUCAAUUUGUGAGUGUUUGGUGCCUACUGGGCUCUGAUCUGGUCCUCAUCUUGCUGUCUUACUGCUUUAUCCUGAGGGUUGCUAUGUGUCAGCGGUCGGGAGGUACAGUCACCAAGGCCUUGAGUACCUGCGGUUCACAUCUCAUCCUUAUACUUUUCUUCUAUACACUACUACUGGUCUUCAUCUUCACAAACAAGGCAGGAAAGAAGAUACCCUCCGAGGUACCUAUUCUUCUCAAUGUUCUGCACCAUCUCAUCCCACCAGCCCUCAACCCCAUUGUUUAUGGAGUACGAACCCAGGAAAUCAAGCAGGGGAUUAUUAAACUUCUUAAGCCCCAGUUCUGA